UUGAGAUUUUUUGUGUCCAAAACUUUUUCGCUUGAAUUUUCAUUUGUAUUGAUUGCGAAACACAUCCGAAGAAAAUGUCAAUUUGUGGUACAUUUGAGACAAUUGUCACCAAAUGUCACAUCAGAGCCAUCAGUGUUGAGAAGGACUUCCUAUUCGUGGGCAUGGGAUCAACUCUUCACAUCUUGAAGACCACGCAAAACGGUUUUGAGAAAUCAGUUUUAAAUCAAAUUGUGUUCAAAACACAUGUUAUUAACGGCAUUAAGACUUUCGUCAACUCUAAGAGCGAUUCCAAUAUCGAGAUAAUUGUCUCGAUUUAUGGCAAU